AGGAAGAAAGUGGGCUGAUUUGAACACCUAUUUCCAAACUGAUUGGUCGUCAUGAUGAAGCUUAGACACAAAAAUAAAAAGACAGGUAAAGGCUCCAAAGUCUGCAAGAAGCCUGCAAAGCAAAAUGGGAAGAAAGCAACCUCCAAAGUGUCCUCUGCUCUCCACUUCGUUCAUGGCAAUGAUCAUGCCAGUCGGGAGGCUGAGUUGAAGAAGAAGAGGGUUGAGGAGAUGAGGGAGAAGCAGCAAGCUGCGCGGGAACAAGAGAGGCAUAGACAUAGGACCAUUGAGAGCUACUGUCAUGAUGUCCUGAAACGCCAGGAGGAGUUUGAACGCAAGGAGGAAGUUUUGCAGGAAUUAAAUAUGUUUCCUCAGCUGGAUGAUGAAGCCACAAGGAAAGCUUAUUACAAGGAAUUCCGAAAGGUGGUGGAAUACUCUGAUGUGAUUCUGGAAGUUCUGGAUGCCAGAGAUCCUUUGGGCUGCCGCUGUUCAAUGGAGGAGGCUGUCCUGCGGGCAGAAGGCAACAAGAAGCUCGUCCUGGUUUUGAACAAAAUUGACCUGGUUCCCAAGGACAUUGUGGAGAAGUGGCUGGAUUACCUUCGAAAUGAGCUGCCAACUGUGGCUUUCAAGGCUAGCACCCAGCAUCAGGUUAAAAACCUGAACCAGUCCACUGUGCCAGUGGGGCAGGCCUCUGAGUCACUGCUGAAAAGCAAAGCCUGCUUUGGAGCUGAGAACCUCAUGAGGGUUCUGGGGAACUAUUGCCGCCUGGGUGAAGUACGAACCCACAUCCGUGUGGGUGUCGUGGGUCUUCCCAAUGUUGGCAAAAGCAGUCUGAUCAAUAGUCUGAAGCGCAGCCGUGCAUGCAGUGUGGGAGCUGUUCCUGGCAUCACCAAGUUCAUGCAGGAAGUUCACCUGGACAAGUUCAUCAGGCUGCUGGAUGCUCCAGGCAUUGUCCCAGGACCCAACUCAGAGGUGGGCGCUAUCCUGCGCAAUUGUAUACAUGUGCAGAAGCUGGCGGACCCUGUGACCCCGGUGGAGACCAUCCUGCAACGCUGCAACUUAGAGGAGAUUUCCAACUAUUAUGGUGUAUCUGGGUUCCAGACCACUGAGCACUUUCUGACUGCAGUAGCUCACCGCUUGGGGAAGAAGAAGAAGGGAGGAAUAUAUAGUCAGGAGCAGGCUGCCAAAGCUGUCCUGGCUGACUGGGUGAGUGGGAAGAUCAGCUUCUAUAUACCACCACCACCUACCCACACUCUGCCCGCCCAUCUCAGUGCUGAGAUUGUUAAGGAGAUGACUGAGGUCUUUGACAUAGAGGACACCGAGCAGGCCAAUGAAGACACAAUGGAAUGUUUGGCCACAGGAGAAUCUGAUGAGCUGUUGGGUGACACAGAUCCUCUCGAAAUGGAAAUCAAGUGGCUCCAUUCCCCGAUGGUGAAAAUAGCAGAUGCCCUUGAAAAUAAAACCACUGUCUACAAGAUUGGAGACCUUACUGGGUAUUGCACAAAUCCAAACCGUCAACAGUUAGGGUGGGCUAAACGUAAUGUAGACUACCACUGCCCCAAGAAUAAUGGUGUGGUAAAUGUCAGCUCAGUGGACCGCCGCCCGAUGCUGCAGAGGAUCAUGGAGACAGACCCACUGCAACAAGGCCAGGCUCUAGCAUCCGCCCUGAAGAAUAAGAAGAAGAUGCAGAAGCGUACAGAUAAAAUUGCCAGCAAGCUGUCUGAUUCCAUGAUGUCUGCCCUCGACCUUUCUGGCAAUGGUGAUGACAGUGCUGGUGACUGAAUGGCUGAUCUUUCCCCUCCCUCCAAGCAAGGGUUCCUGUGGUAUGGGGGAAUUCAGAUGAAGGGGACUGGUUCUCCCACAUCUCCCACACCACUGUUCCCAUUAUUAUCUCCAGUAAAAAGUGUUCCCAGAGGCUGGAGCUGCCAGACCCAGUACCCUGUAUUUAAUUCCUGUUGUGUUUUCCAAGAGAAACAUCAGUAGAACCCAAGCGCUUACAAUGUAGCCCUACCCUCAAUCCCAGUGUCCCACUCUGUAGCUUGAUCUAAGGGCUGACCUCCCAUAACCAUCUUGGACAGGUGUAUGUACAAACUAGAGACUAGACUGCUGAUAGACCUGGGCAUCCCUGGGAAGAUUUUUUUUUUUUUUUUUUACUAUUUGACAAGCGAGCUCAGUGCCAAGCCUUUCUGCAAUGGUCUGGCCAUGUAUCUCUUUCCAGGUCCACAGGUCCUUACCUGGGUGGCAGUUGGGGGAAGAGGAGAACAGUGAUGAGCCUUCUUUCUUUGGCAGGUCUGGGGAUAGAAUAGAGGGAAAGAAGAGAAUGCUGCUGUAUAUGUUAAAAAACAAGGCACCUGUUGGAAGGGAGACUGGGUGCUUUAGGGGCAAGUCCCAUAUUGUCAUUUGUGUGAAUUUGGAGGAAUCCCUUUAACUGAAGUAAUCUGGCUGGGCCUCAUCUUUAUGUGACCUUGUCUCAUCCAAUGCCAGCAUUUUGAAUUCCAUGAUUCAAGAGGGUUCUGGUACCAUUUAUUCAGAGUGGUCUUCAAGAGAGUUGCUAUAGUUGGGAGUGUAUGAGCCAACUCUUCUUCCAAGUGUCUGCAAGCCAUCCCAUUGGAGUAUAAGCUACCAACUCUGGGAGAUCUUACCCCAUCAGGAAGGGGCAGCAGGUCUUUGCAGUACUAGGGGCCUUGUAUUAGCUUGUCAUCUGUACGAAAUACUUGGAAGUAACCAACUUAUAAAGAGAAAAGGUUGAUUUUGGCUUACAGCUUUAGAAGUUCCAGUCCAUGAUUGAUUGGCUCCAUUGGUUUGAUCCUGUGAUAAGGCAGUGUGUGGUACAGCAGACUCCCUUACCUCAUGACCAGGAAGCAUAGAAAAAAAAGGCCUGGGGUACCACAUCAAGGACAUGUCCCCAGUGACCUAAGGGUCUCUUGCCAGGCCCUCACCUCUUAAUUUCCUGCACCUCCCACUAGUGCUACCCUGGGUGCAACCCUUUAACACAUGGGUCUUUGGGGAACACUUGAGAUCCGAACUCUAGCAAGGCAUGAGAUUGUUUUGUAAUAACAGUCCCACUUCACUAGGGAUUUUUGUUUCAUGUACACAGCUUCUCUUCAGAGUUGACACAUUUGAAGGAGGUGGGCAUUACAUUACUCCAGUCUUUGCCACCUACCCCAGACUUUCAUACCACUCUUGGACCCAUGCAUACACUUUAGUUUUGGCCUUGCCUUUGUUUCUCAGGCUGACACCUCCUAAUUUAUCUAACCAGAUCUUAUGAGGACAAAUAUGACAGGAACUAGGAAGCCAUUGGCUGUAGGAUGUUCAGGCAGGGAAGUGCAAACCACUUCUGCAUUCAGGGGCAGCCAAAGGAAAAUUGUGUACUGAUUGAGCACAAACCAUGGAGCGCCAGGAUUUCGGUACCUCCAUUAACCCAUCGUACAGUUCUGCCAGUAAAGGAUUAGGCUCAGAAAGUUGACAGAAUAUUCUCAAGACAACAUUAAGCGGUGGUGCCAGGUUUGGAACACAAAUUAAUUAAAAUCCUAUGCCAGCAUUUUCUUCUGCUUUGUACUACCUUCUAAACAAAGGCAUGUUGAUUAAUUAUCUGUGUGUCAGCCCCUGUUAUUGAGUCCUUUAAAUGCAUUUUCUCUUUCUUGAUUUUUUUUUAAAAAACUAGUAGUGUCUUGCUAGAGCUGUGCUCUCAAGAGUCUCCUUGAAUGGGAUCAAACUUAUAUUACACUAUAUCAUCAAAAUCUCCUGGUGGCUAAUAGUGUUAAAAUGAACAGUUGGAUACCAGGAAAGCCAAGGCCACUUUGCAACUGUAUGGAGUAUCCUAAUUUAAGACUUAAAAUAUUUUCUACUACUGGGGCCAGGCAUGGAGGCUUCUGGGUCUAAUCCUAGUGAUUCAGGAGGCGUUGUUCAGAAGGAUCAUGGUUUGAUGACAGACUGGGCAAAAAGUUGGUGAGAUUACAUCUCAACAUACAAUUUUCUAUGAUUAAGUAGUAUUAAUAAAUACCACUAACAGAAGUGUGUAGAUGAGUAAGAUACAGCAUGGGAUUUGGCCAAAAUCAAACAAGAACUAAAGUAGUUAUGGCAGGAUAAGAAUUUGGGACUCCAGACGUUCUAUCUACAGCAUAUCUCACGUUUUAACGUUUUAUUUCAAGGGUCUCUAUAGCUUAGGCUGGCCUACUACAGCCUCCCAAGUGCUAGGAUUACAAGUGUAUCCCACCACAUCUGGCUAAAUCUCAUACUUCCUCCCACUCACUCCCUACCCCCAGUGAUGGGGAUUGAACCCUAGAAUGUGCACAUUCUACCACAGCUACACUGUCAGCCCUCAAGUUUAAAAAAAAGCAGUUUUUCAGUCUUUUUUUUUUAAUUAAGGUAUACUUUACAUAUAGUAAAGUUCAUCCUUUAAGUUCUGUAGGUUUGGACAUAUGUAUUCAGUGGUAAACUGCCACCACAAUCAAGAUACAGAGUAUUUGCAUCACCACCCAAAACUCUAUGGACCCCUUUGUAGUCAACCCUUCCUCCUAUCCUCAAAUCCUGGCAGUUACUGUUUUCUGUCCCCAUGGUUUUGCUUUAGCAUAAAUGGCAUAUAAAUAGAAUCAUGGUCAGGUAAGCUUACUUGAUAUCAGUAGGUUUUUAAACUUUUAUUUUAAAAUACACAUUUGAGUAAAAUCUCCUGUGGUGUAUAGUUCUAGCUGUGUAACCACUAACACUGUCAAGGAACAGAACAGUUCUAUUAACCCAAUCACACCAAAUUAAUUUCUUGCUACUUUCUAGUCAAAUCCAUUUCCCUCCACCUAACCUCUGACGAUCACUGAUUUGUUCUUUGACUUUGUAGUUUGUUUUGAAGAAUGUCCUAUAAGUGGAAUUAUAUAGUAUGUAACUUUUUGAGAAUAAGUUGCUAUGAAUAAUGUAUUUGAGAUUUAUCCAUGCUGUUAGUUGUACCAAUAAUUUGUAUUUCUGAGUCUUACCCUAUUGUGUGAACAUACUACCAUUUAUCCAUUCCCGAAUUGAAGGACAUUUUGGUUCUUUUGAGUUUGGGGAGAUUAUGAAUAAA